UGGGGGGCUGCUGCGACCCUCGCGGGACCGCUGCACCAGCACCGGCACCAUGUGGGUACAGGUGCGUAUGAUGGACGGCAAGGAGAGCUUCACGGUGGACUCGCUGUCCAGGCUGACCAAGGUGGAAGAACUGAGACGCAGGGUCCAGGAGCUGUUUCACGUGGAGCCCAGCCUGCAGCGGCUCUUCUACCGGGGCAAGCAGAUGGAGGACGGCCACACCCUGUUUGACUACGACGUGCGUCUCAACGACACGAUCCAGCUGUUGGUCCGCCAGAGCCUCGUGCUGCCCCCUAGUGCCAAGGAGCGGGAUUCGGAGCUGUCGGACACUGACUCGGGGUGCUGCCUGGCCCAGAGCGAGUCCGCCUCCACUCAGGGCGAAGCCGCCCCCGAGGCGGACAGCCAGGCCCGCCUUGCCGACGAGGACGUCUGGGACGAGACGGAGCUGGGGCUGUACAAGGUCAAUGAGUACGUGGAUGCCCGCGACACGAACAUGGGGGCCUGGUUUGAGGCGCAGGUGGUCCGGGUGACACGGCGGGUCUCAUCCCGGGACGCGCCCAGCAGCUCCACGGCCAGCCCGGACCUGGAGGAGGACAUCAUCUAUCACGUGAAAUACGACGACUACCCGGAGAACGGCGUGGUCCAGAUGAAUUCCCGGGACGUGCGGGCACGCGCCCGCACCAUCAUCAAGUGGGAGGAUCUGGCCGUGGGCCAGCUGGUCAUGCUCAACUACAACACCGACCAGCCGAAGGAACGCGGCUUCUGGUACGACGCUGAGGUGUGCCGGAAGCGGGAGACCAGGACGGCGCGGGAGCUCUACGCCAACGUGAUGCUCGGGGACGGCUCCCUCAACAACUGUCGCAUCCUCUUUGUGGACGAGGUCUUCAAGAUCGAGCGCCCGGGCGAGGGGCCUCCCAUGGUUGACAACCCCUUGAGACGAAAGAGCGGCCCCUCGUGCAAGUACUGCAAAGACGACCUGUCCAAGCUGUGCCGUGUCUGCGCCUGCCACAAGUGCGGCGGCCGCGAGGAGCCGGACAAGCAGCUGCUGUGUGACGAGUGCGACAUGGCCUUCCACAUCUACUGCCUGGACCCCCCACUCCCCGCCGUCCCCAGCGACCCCGAGUGGUACUGUCCCGACUGCCGGAUCGACGCCUCCGAGGUGGUGCGGGCCGGAGAGCGGCUGCGGCAGAGCAAGAAGAAAGCCAAGAUGGCAUCGGCCACUUCGUCCUCUCAGCGGGACUGGGGCAAAGGCAUGGCCUGUGUGGGGCGCACGAAGGAAUGCACCAUCGUCCCCUCCAACCACUAUGGACCCAUCCCAGGCAUCCCCGUGGGCACCAUGUGGCGCUUCCGAGUCCAGGUGAGCGAGGCGGGCGUCCACCGGCCUCACGUGGCGGGCAUCCAUGGCCGGAGCAAUGAUGGAGCCUACUCGCUGGUCCUGGCGGGCGGCUACGAGGAUGACGUGGAUCACGGGAACUUUUUCACGUACACGGGCAGUGGUGGGCGAGAUCUUUCUGGCAACAAGCGGACGGCCGAGCAGUCGUGUGAUCAGAAGCUCACCAACACCAACAGGGCGCUGGCCCUCAACUGCUGUGCCCCCAUCAACGACCGGCGGGGGGCCGAGGCCAAGGACUGGAGGUCCGGGAAGCCGGUGCGAGUGGUACGGAACAUGAAGGGCGGCAAGCACAGCAAGUACGCCCCGGCCGAGGGCAACCGCUACGAUGGCAUCUACAAGGUGGUGAAGUACUGGCCGGAGAAGGGCAAGUCCGGCUUCCUCGUGUGGCGCUACCUGCUACGGCGGGAUGACGAGGAGCCAGGCCCGUGGACCAAGGAGGGGAAGGACCGGAUGAAGAAGCUGGGCCUCACCAUGCAGUACCCAGAGGGCUACCUGAAAGCCCGGGAGCGGGAGCGGGAGAACAGGAAGAAGAUGAUGGCAGCCAAGAAGGCGGCCAGGAAGCAGUCAGACGAGGAGGAGGAGGAGGAGUUGGAGCCGGCGGCCAAGAAGGCGGCCAGGAAGCAGUCGGACGAGGAGGAGCCGGCGGCCAAGAAGGCCAGUGGCAAGGGCAAAGCCCUGUGCAAGCGGAGGGGCGCCGCAGGGACAGACCAGGACAGUCCUAGCUCCUCAGGCCGGGCCAAGAAGACCAAAGUGGAAUCAUACAGCCUCACGGCCCAGCAGACCAGCCUCAUCCGCGAGGACAAGAGCAACGCCAAGCUAUGGAGCGAGGUGAUGCAGUCGCUCAAGGACGGCCCGGUGUUCCUCAGCAAAGUGGAGGAGACCUUCCAGUGCAUCUGCUGCCAGGAGCUGGUGUUCCGGCCCGUCACGACCGCGUGCAAGCACAACGUGUGCAAGGACUGCCUGGACAGGUCCUUCCGGGCCCAGGUGUUCAGCUGCCCGGCCUGCCGCCACGACCUGGGCCGGAGCUAUGCCAUGCAGGUGAACCAGGCGCUGCAGAGCGUACUCAACCACCUCUUCCCUGGCUACGGCAGUGGCCGAUGA